AUGCAAAAAGUCAAUUUAACUGUUGGUGCUUUUUCGGUACCAUUUGCUGAAGGAUUUGUUGAAGAAGACGAUCAAAUUGUUCCUAAAUUGAAGUCUCUUAAACGGUUUGCUGUGAUUCUCUCGGAUUAUGGUCCUUUCAACCUGAAAUUCAUUUUACCCGAGGAAGGACAAUUGGGUUUACUAACAGAAACUGGUUAUCAUGAUGGAGUUUUGGGUUUAUUACAAGAAGGUAAGGCUGAUAUGGGCUUCUUGCCAUUAUCGUUGGAUACUCAAAAGGCUCCCGGUUACUUUACUUCUGUCAUAUCAGAAGAAAAGUUCUACAUAGCAAGUGCACGUAUCUUGGAUCCAAAUACUUCAGCAGUUGUUUCAAGUCUAACAUCAGUCACCGCGAUUCCUUUACUAUCGGCAGUUCUGUCUAUAUUAAUAUUGGAAUUGAUUGCUGUCAAAAGUUUCAAAAUUGAUGCCUUGCUCACAGCAAUCUUUAGAUCCUUCGGUGUCUCAUUUUACCAGAAUAUAUCUCACCGUUCAUCGUGGCUUUGCUUGAUUCAAAUGCUUAUCCUAAUGUUUCCAGUGUUCAUCUUUGGUGCUGCAUUCAGUACCCAAACUAUAGUUGGAGACAGAGAUUACAAAAUCGAAACAUUGAAAGACGUGGUCAGACAGAAUAAGAUACCAUAUUUCACUGAAGGUAUUUCAAUGUACGAUUUUUUCAAAGGCAAAGUUAACGAAGAUUAUGCUGAUGUCUAUGAACGAGCUGUUGCAAAAGGAUACGGGGAACCAUUUCCAUUGGGACCUAUUCCUAUGUUUGAAAGAAGGGACAAGAUGGUCAGCUUCGUCUCUAGUAUGGGAAGAAAACUGACUCCAUUAGUCCUUCCAGAGUCCGAUGCUAUCAAAGCAAAUCAAAUUUUCCAUUUCUCAACAAAGCCCUUUCAUAGAGCAUUAAAAGCUUUGUUUUUCAGUUAUAAUGCCUCUGAGUCCGUUAGAAGAAGAACUGAUACUAUAUCUCUUCGGAUGUUCAAAAGUGGAAUCGUUACAAAAAUUGAAAGCGAUAUUUACGUUGACUUUCUACUCUCUUUUUAUCCCACAACCUUAUAUGAAUUUUACAAAACUGAAGUUCCUCGAAAAGUGGAUAAUCUCAAUUGGCACUCAUUGAAUUACAGUAAAUUCUAUCAACUAUUCUUUAUUUAUCUUCUCAUAGUUAUUCUGAUAUUAGCUUUUCAGUUAAUUGAGCUCAGCAUUGCGUUGUUUUCCAUUUACAAUACAAUAAAUGAAUAA